GCUGGGACUUGCAGUUCCAUAUUGAAUUAGCGUUUUGCGAAUGAUAGGUUGCAAAGUCCAAGGUUUCACUUCAGCGUACCCUUGAUAGGCAUCGGGGCACAGGUGAGCCGUUAUCGGCUGCCGUUAAGAACCGUUACCAUUCCUGGGUUCUCCAGCCUGGUGGAGCAGCUAAUUGGCAAGUGUGCCAACUGUCUAGUGCUUCCUGGCUCCUACUCUCUCCUGGGAAGAUGUUCCUGGUGGGCCUAACGGGAGGCAUUGCCUCAGGCAAGAGCUCCGUCAUCCAGGUGUUCCAACAGCUGGGUUGUGCUGUGAUUGAUGUAGACGUCAUUGCCCGGCAUGUCGUCCAGCCAGGGUACCCUGCCCACCGGCGUAUUGUAGAGGCCUUUGGCACUGAAGUCUUGCUGGAGAAUGGCGACAUCGACCGCAAGGUCCUUGGAGACCUGAUCUUUAACCAGCCUGAUCGUCGGCAGCUACUCAACUCCAUCACUCAUCCUGAGAUCCGCAAAGAAAUGAUGAAGGAGACCUUCAAGUACUUUCUCCGAGGGUACCGCUACGUGAUUCUGGACAUCCCCCUCCUGUUUGAGACCAAGAAGCUCCUCAAGUACAUGAAGCACACGGUGGUAGUGUACUGUGACCGAGACACACAGCUGGCGCGGCUGAUGAAAAGGAACAACCUGAACCGUGAAGAUGCAGAGGCAAGGAUCAAUGCCCAGCUGCCCCUGAAGGACAAGGCCCGCAUGGCCAACCACGUUCUAGACAACUCGGGAGAGUGGAGCCUCACCAGACGCCAGGUCAUCCUCUUGCAUGCCAAGCUGGAACGCUCCAUGGAGUACCUGCCACUGAGGCUCGGGUUCCUAACGGGCCUAGCAGGCAUUGCCAGCCUCCUUUACCUGCUCACCCGUUACCUCCUACCUUCUCCUUAACUGGGUACACCAGGCAGCAAGCCUUAGGCCUCCUCCUUAGAGACCUAAGUCAGGUACCAUGUCCUAAACACUACAUUCACUCAUCCAGUCUGGGACUCAGCAGAAAGGAACUCACUGUCAGGUACCCCUUCCCUCCCUCCCUAGAGCCCCUCAUCCCCUCGUUCCUCAGAACAAUAUCCAUGAUGGCAGGAGAACAGCGGUCUCUGUGGCCCUCACCAUGGUUACAACAAUGUAGCCAACAGUUCCUUGGAGCAUCUGUCCUAUCAUGGCCACAAACUCCCUAGUGGACCACAGCAAAUCCUUCUAAACUGAAGGCCUUCUUCAAACAACUGUUCCCUGGGGUGAAGCCUUUUGCCAGGGUGCAGUGUGACUCCUCUCUGGGGGAUGCUAUGGCUAGGCAAAGACAGGCACCCUGAUGGGGCUUUACUCACUGCAUAGCCACUGCCUCCCACCACUGCCUCUGAGCCCUGCAGUCCUGGCGACCCCCAGGCCCCAUGCUGUCUGACCUCUGUGCCUUCCCCAGAUGCUCCCUGCCCUUCAGUACCUUACCCCUGGCUGCCCAUGGUCAGGCCCCCCCCCCGUGUUUUAUCUUAAUCCAUGGUAGAAUAAUCAACAAGAAACUGAUUUCUCCUAGACUGUAUGCCUCUAGGUGUCAGGGCUGACUCCUCUCCAGUGUACUACAGCCUGCUCUCCAUUGGUGCUCAAUAAAUUGAA